CUGGAAUAUAAAAAGAUUUUAACUUAUAUAAGAGAAUAAUAUAACUUAUAUAAGAGAAGAAAUAAGGUAAAAUUGAAGAGGAUUUUAUACUUUAAAUCAUAAAUAAUGAUCAUUAUUUUACUGCUACUGUGUUUUCUUCUUAUAUUACUAUAUUACUAUAUUCUUCAUGGAAAAUAUGCGAGUUACAUUAAUAAGAUACCAAGUUUACCGUCACUUCCAUUAUUCGGUCAUAUCUUUAUAGGGUGGUUGGCUACACAAGAAAAUGCAUGGAAGCUUCUGCAAAUAUAUUCUAUGAUUUAUAAUCCAAUAUGGAAGCUUUGGUUAGGUCCAUUUGCCUUGGUCGGUAUUUGUCAGCCAGAUGAUUUAGAGAAAAUAUUAAGUAGUACAAAACAUCUUACAAAAGGUUUUAUCUAUAAUUUUUUAAAUCCUUGGUUAAGAACUGGACUAUUAACUAGUAAAGGAACAAAAUGGCAUGAAAGAAGAAAAAUACUAACACCUGCGUUUCAUUUUAGUAUAUUAAAACAAUUCAUUGAGAUACUGAUCGAAGAAGGAAAUCAUAUAACGCAAUCUUUGAAAAAUAUUAAAGGAUCAACUGUCGAUGACUUAGCAGCAUUUAUCGGUCAUCAUACGUUAAAUGCAAUAUGUGAAACUACCAUGGGUACUUGCUUGCAAAGAAUGGGCGAAUCUCAGGUGCAAUAUCGCCAAGCAAUUCACGAAAUGGGAAACAUUUUUGUUUAUAGAUUAAUGAGACCGUGGUUAGCUUUCGACUCGAUAUUUGCAUUAACACCAAUGGGUAGAAAACAAGCCAAAUGUUUGAAAAUAUUACACGGAUUCACUGAAAAAAUUAUUGCAGAAAAGAAACAGUAUCAUGAACGUAAUAAUAGACGAUAUUUAGAAAAUUUUUCUAAUAAAAUAGACAAAAUUGAAGCAGAUGAUGAAGAAGUGAUAGGAAUGAAGAAAAAAAGACUCGCCAUGUUGGAUCUUCUCAUAGCAGUGGCUCCUGACUAUAACAUGAAUGAUCUAGAUAUUAGAGAAGAAGUUGAUACAUUUGUAUUCGAAGGGCAUGAUACUGUAGCGAUGGGUUUAACUUAUGCAAUAUUAUUACUAGCUGAGCACAAAGAGAUUCAGGAAUGUGUCAGAAAGGAAGUUAGUGCCAUCAUGCAAGCAAAUAAAGGAAAACUUUCCAUGUCAGCGUUAAAUGAUAUGUCUUAUUUGGAAAGAUGUUUGAAAGAGUCAUUAAGAUUAUAUCCUAGUGUUCCAUACAUAUCCCGAAUCUUAUCAGAAGAUGUAAAGCUACAAUCAUAUUUGGUGCCUUCUGGAACAACAAUAAUUCUUAAUGUGUACAAUAUUCAUAGAGAUUCCCAUUUCUGGCCAAAUCCAGAUGUAUUCGAUCCGGAUAGAUUUUUGCCUGAGAAAAUUCAAAAUCGUCAUCCUUAUUCCUACAUACCGUUUAGUGCAGGACCACGAAAUUGUAUAGGACAACGAUUCGCUAUGUUGGAGAUGAAAGCUAUAAUAGCACCGUUGGUAUACAAUUUUUAUUUGGAACCCAUUGAUUAUUUAAAAGAUUUUCGUUUCAUAGUGGAUCUUAUAAAUCGUGUUGCACAUCCUAUCCGAGUACGAUGCAUUCCAAUCGAUCAUACGCCAUCGACUUCGUUUUUAAAAUCACAAAUCAUGAUCAUUAAUUUACUGCUACUGUUUUUGCUACUGUGUUUUUCUUUUAUGCUACUAUAUUACUGUAUUCUUUAUGAUGGAAAAUUCGUGCGACUUAUUAAUAAAAUACCGAGUGUGCCAUCAUUUCCAUUGUUUGGCCAUGCCAUAAUAUUGUGGAUUAUUUCAUUAGAAGAUUUAUGGAAAGUUACGCAUGCAAUCUUCAAAUAUUAUUAUCCAAUUUGGAAAAUUUGGAUAGGUCCAAAAGUUAUUAUUGGCAUUUGUCAUCCAGAUGAUUUAAAAAAAAUAUUAACCAGCACAAAACAACAUCUUACAAAAGGUUACGUAUCUUCUAUUUUAAAACCUUGGUUGGGAACUGGAUUAUUGAAUAAUGAAGGAACAUGGCAUAAAAGACGCAAAAUAUUAACACCUACAUUUCAUUUUAAUAUAUUAAAACAGUUUGUUGAAGUAUUUAUUGAAGAAGGAAAUCAUAUAUCACAAUCUUUGAAAAAUAUUAAAGGAUCGACUGUUGAUGACUUAGUAUCUUUUAUCAGUCAUCACACAUUAAAUGCAAUAUGCGAAACUACCAUGGGUACUUCCUUACAUGAAAUGGGCGAGUUUGAAGAACAAUAUCGUCAAUCAAUCAACGAUUUGGGAAAAAUUUUAUUUAAUAGACUAUUCAAACCAUGGUUAGCUUCUGAUAUAAUAUUUGCAUUAACAUCAAUGGGUAGAAAGCAAGCCAAAUCUUUGAAAAUAUUACACGGAAUUAUUGAAAAAAUUAUUGCAGAAAGGAAACAAUAUUAUGAACGCACUAAUGGACGAAAUCUACAAAACUUUGCAAAAGAUACAGACAAUAAGGAAGUGAUAGGAAUGAAGAAAAAACGACUUACCAUGUUGGAUUUUUUGAUAUUGGAAGCUCGUGACAAUAAAAUGAAUGAUGUAGACAUUAAAGAAGAAAUCGAAACAUUCAUAUUUAAAGGAUACGGUACUAUAACGAUGAGUCUAACUUAUACAAUAUUAUUAUUAGCUGAGCAUAAAGAUAUCCAGGAAUGUGUCAGAAAAGAAGUUAAUGCUAUCAUGCAAGCAAAUAAAGGAAAACUUUCCAUGUCAGCGUUAAAUGAUAUGUCUUACUUAGAAAGAUGUUUAAAGGAAUCGUUAAGAUUAUAUCCUAGUAUUCCUUACAUAAUACGAACUUCAUCGGAAGAUAUACAGCUACAAUCAUAUCUGGUGCCUCCUGGAGUAAUAUUAUAUCUUAGUAUCUACAAUGUUCAUAGAGAUCCGAAUUUUUGGCCAAAUCCAGAGAUGUUUGACCCGGAUAGAUUUUUGCCUGAGAAAAUUCAAAAUCGUCAUCCUUAUUCCUAUAUACCAUUUAGUGCAGGCCUACGAAAUUGUAUAGGACAACAAUUCGCUAUGUUGGAAAUGAAAGCUAUAAUAGCAUUGUUGGUAUACAAUUUUUAUUUGGAACCUGUAGAUUAUUUAAAGGAUCUUCGUUUCGUAGCAGAUCUUGUAAAUCGCGUUGCUCAUCCUAUCCGAAUACGAUGUGUUCCAAUCGAUCACAGAUCAUGAACUUCAUUUAAAUCCAUAUAAUUUUGUAAUUUUAUUAAAUAUGAAGAAAUUGAUUUCAUU